GUAGUUAUCAAUCACGCUGGAGACGAUGGCUGACCAGAUCACCCAGUUGCUCAACCAGAUCGAGCCAAUUGCUGAGCCUAUUCUGACUCAAUUGCGCCCAUUGACAAAGACGCUGUUGCCUGAGCAGAUCGUCAACUUGGGCAGGGAUUACUACUCAAGAGAUGUCUUUGACAAGGUGAUUGUCCAAUUGGACCUUUUCGAGCCUGAGAACGCGCCACUGGUCCAACAGUUCAUCUCAAAGACGCUGAGCCUGGGUAUUCUCUCCAUGUCGUCCAUCGUCAAGCUGCCGCAAAUCUUGAACAUCCUGUCCAACUCGUCAGCUCAAGGCCUGUCAUUCCCGAGUAUCCUCAUGGACACACUGAGCUACCUCAUCACCAUUGCCUAUAACUUUAGGCAGCACAUGCCAUUCACCAACUUUGGUGAAGUGGUGUUCUCUGCCUUGCAGAACGUUGUCAUUUUGGCCUUGAUUCUCUACUAUACGAACAGGGCAGGUUACAUCAACGCUUUCAUCGGCCUGUGUGCCCUUGUUACUUAUUUCUUCCUGGGAAGUCCUUCACCGAGUAACAUCGGGGUUCUGAGUGAUAAGGAUGUUAACUUUCUGGCACAGUUUGCGGCUCCCCUGACCAUAUUGGCCAAACUGCCUCAAAUCAUUGGUAAUUUUAAGAGAAAAUCCACUGGUACUUUAUCAUUGACGUCAAUCGGUGCUGGUUUACUAGGCACCAUCGUCAGAGUGUUCACAGUGUUGAGCAGUGGUUUCAAUGACCGGUUAAUCCUAUUGGGCUAUGGAGCAAGCGUUGUCUUGAAUUUGAUCCUGUUCUUACAGAUCAUCGCCUUCAAAAAGAAGAAAGUGUCUUCUGAAAAGAAGAAUAAGUAGAUCUUCUCUCGUCCUAUAUAACAUGUGUGUGUGGUUUUCCUUAGAUUAUGAUAUUAAUAUACAGGGUUUUAUUCAGUCUUUAGCUUCUCACGCUCGUUGUACUGAACAUUCUUCAAGAGAACAUGGCUCACAAUUUCCAGUAUCAACAUGAACAAACUGGAAAGGAUGGCAAGACAGUAGUUUGAAAUUGUAACACCAAUGUCCAGC